AUGGCUUUCCAUGGGUUCAAUAGAAAUGAGGCUGGAAAUCAAUCAAAGCCAGAGAGCAACAACAAGGUAUUCUCCUGCAACUUCUGCAUGAGAAAGUUUUACAGCUCUCAGGCCUUAGGCGGUCACCAAAAUGGACACAAGAGGGAGAGAGGGGCAGCUAAGGGGUUCCAGUCUCAUAAAACGAUGAUGGCGACAAUGGGGUUUGCCCUCAAUCCUAUUGUGGUUCGAUCACUAGGGGUUCAACUCCAUUCUCUUGUUCACAAGCCUAUGAGAGAAGGGUCUGAAAUAGUUGCAAGAUUUGGAAGUGAUUCAAGUUCUGCGUUUGAGAUGGCUUUGACACCUUAUUUGGUUCAAGAAUCAAUGGAUUUGAUGUGGCCUGGAAGCUUCUGCCUUGAUAAAUUGCCGAAUCAUGAACCAAAUUUACCAAAGCUCGACUUAAACCUUCGGUUGUAG